CGAGGACAAGCAGUUGCAGGAUGAGCUUAACAUGCUUGUGCAGAGGUUGCAGGAGACUGAUCAAUCGCUAUACAAGGCCGCACUCGAGUCUCUGCGUACCCUAAUUCGUGCAUCGACGACGUCCAUGACGUCCGUUCCGAAGCCGUUGAAGUUUCUGCGUCCGAACUACACGACGCUGAAGGAUUGCCACGGAAAGAUGGCCGACGCGGCCACGAAGGCGUUCUGUGCUGAUAUUAUCUCUGUGCUCGGCAUGACGGUUUCGGAGGAGCGAGAUUGCCUGCAUUUCCGUUUGAUCGGUUCAUCCGACGAGAUUGGUUCAUGGGGCCACGAGUAUGUCCGCCACUUAUCGGCGGAAAUCGCACAAGAAUGGGCGUUGAACGAAAAGGCCCGACCAGAACUUCUUGGUCUGACACGGCAGAUCGUUCCGUAUCAUAUGGCACACAACGCCGAAGCGGAAGCUUGUGAUCUUCUCAUGGAAGUCGAGCAGCUUGGUCUUCUUGAGGAGUUUGUGGACGCUGAGGCCUACCCACGGGUUUGCCGCUACCUCAUCUCGUGCGUUCCGUACGUGCCGGAUCCGGAUAAUCUCGCGUUAAUGCGAACAGCUCUAUCAAUAUUCAUGAAGUUCAAAAACUACCCCGAUGCUUUGAGACUUGCGAUGCAGCUUAACGAAACGGAACGAGUAACGGAGAUCUUCACCAGGUGUAAGGAUGUUGCCAUCCAGAAACAAAUGGCUUUUAUGAUGGGCAGACAGCAGAUGGUGUUACCUGAGUGCGACUCACUGAAGAACUUUGAGGACCUUAACGAAAUUGCUUCAAAUUCAUCUAUGAGCGACCAUUUCCUUGGGCUGGCACGUGAACUUGACAUCGUGGAGCCGAAGACUCCAGAUGACAUCUACAAAUCGCACCUUGAUAAUGCUCGAAGUUUUGCGGGUGUGGACUCCGCGCGACAGAAUCUAGCGUCUACGUUUGUGAACGGUUUUGUGAAUGCAGCCUUCCUCAAUGAUAAACUUAUUAUGGAGGAUGGUAAUAAAUGGAUUUACAAGAACAAGGAGCACGCCAUGAUGUCUGCUACGGCGUCGCUUGGUUUGAUUCAACUCUGGUCCGUUGAAAAUGGCCUGUCCCAUAUUGAUAAGUACUUGUAUUCGAACGAGGACUACAUCAAAGCGGGUGCAGUCCUUGCCUGUGGAAUCGUCAACUGCGGGGUCCGUAAUGACUGUGACCCUGCCAUGGCCCUGCUGUCGGACUAUGUUCUUAAUGAGAGCGUACUUAUGCGAAUCGGCUCGAUUCUCGGCCUCGGACUUGCGUACGCUGGCUCCGACAACGCUAACGUCAUAACGCAUAUUUUGCCUGUGUUUUCGGAUCCUCAUACGACACCGGAGGUCCUUGGCAUUGCAGCGCUUGCUCUUGGCUUGAUCGGAGUAGCGUCCCAGAACGCUGAUAUUACGUCAACAGUUAUGACGGCGCUGCUUGAAAAGACCCCUGAAAAUCUGAAGGACGCAUUUGCCCGUUUCCUGCCACUGUGUCUCGGUUUGCUAUAUCUCGGCAAGCAGGAAAGCUGCGAAGCGAUCGUGGCUGCCUUGGAGGUGGCGCCCGAACCGUUCAGAUCAAUGGCGACGACACUGGUCGAAUGUUGCGCGUAUGCUGGAACUGGCAAUGUUCUCAAGGUACAAAAGUUGUUGCACAUUUGCUCUGAGCACUUUGAGCCUGAUGAGGAGGUCAAAGAGGCUGGCAGCGGAAGCGGUAGCAAGAAAGAGAAAAAGGACAAGGGCGCAACAGCUGCUGCGGGCGCAUUGGCGACGACACCUGGUGCGGCGGACGCCGACAAGAGUAAAGAUAAGGAUGAAAAGAGCCCAAAUACGGACAAUACAACGAGCACUACCACUUCAACGACGGCGAGCCCCGAUGCGAAGGUGAACAGAAGCAGCCAGCAAAGCGUAGCAGUUUUGGGCUUGGCGUUAAUCGCCAUGGGCGAGGAUAUCGGUGCGGAGAUGGCGUUCCGCACGUUCGGUCACCUGCUGCGUUACGGUGAGCCGUGCAUUAAGAGAGCCGUGCCAUUGGCUCUUGGACUACUGUCCGUAUCCAACCCAAAACUUAACAUUCUCGAGACACUAUCCAAGUUCUCGCACGACUCAGACCCUGAAGUUGCACACGCUGCCAUCUUUAGCAUGGGUAUUGUUGGCGCAGGCACGAACAACGCUCGUCUGGCGGCCAUGCUUCGCCAAUUGGCGCAGUACCACGCUAAGGAUGCAAACAACCUAUUUAUGGUGCGACUCGCCCAGGGUCUGGCACACUUAGGCAAAGGAACGCUUACAUUGAGCCCCCUUCAUUCUGACCGGCAACUGCUACGACCGGCGGCGGUUGCUGGCUUAUUUGCCACGCUCGUUGCCCUGCUCGAUGUAAAAAACACGCUGUUAGGCCGCGCGCAUUACCUUCUUUACUGUCUCGUGCCAGCGAUGCAGCCACGGAUGCUGAUUACGUUUGACGAGAACCUUCAACCACUGCCGGUACCGGUCCGGGUUGGACAGGCAGUCGAUGUGGUUGGUCAAGCUGGCAGGCCGAAAACCAUCACUGGAUUUCAGACACAUACGACACCUGUUUUGCUGUCGUUUGGUGAGCGAGCCGAACUCGCUACAGAUGAGUACCUUGCGUUGACCCCGGUCCUCGAAGGCUGUGUGAUAUUGCGGAAAAACCCUUAUUAUCAGCCAUAGUUUAAUUGUAUCAUGUUCAUACGACGAUAGUGACAAUAACCAGAGCAAGAAGAAACUUAUUAGUAAAGUAAACGCUAUGGAGAUAACACAAAAGCCGGAAUGGAGACCUUUCACAAAUGUUCCGCUAUUCAGUAGAAAGGAGAUGGGACUGCUGCGCUUGAUGGUGACGAUGAUGAUUACCCUGAAAAUAUAUAACAAGUAACAGUGAAAG